UUUGACAACAGUGCAUGUCCUCCAUGUCUGGUCCCUGAGUUUCGGGGCGGAGUGAUCCCUCUGUCCUCCCCCUGCUCUGUGUCAGUACGUGCGGGUAGUUGUAUAACGGCUCGGUCCCCGCCCUGCAGCUUUAAAUACCCUCCACAUCGGAGCACGCCAGAUACACGGGGGUGUGUUCUUAUCAAUAUUUGUUUUUCCACAGCGUGAAUACUCGCACCGGCUACGUGUUGUUUGCUCGCUGACAUGGAGCUGGACCGGCGGCUGCUGCUGGCUCACUGUGCGGCUCACGCCUUCUCCGUGGUGGCGGGGCUGCUGGUGGUCGUCCCGAUGGCGCUCAACGGCUCCGCUUUCAAAGGCCGCUGCGCCCUCUUCUCCACCGGCUACUGGAGGACCGAGGAGCGGCCCGAGCUGACGGGGAAUCUCGGGGAUGUGUCCCGCCUGGUGGUGCAGCAGUGGGGCCCGCCGGCAGCCUGCCAGUUCGGCACGUUUGUGGGUAUUUUCACGGUGCUGUACGGCGCCGCGCAGGGCUGGAGGUGCCUCUUCUAUCUGCACGGACGACAUGACGACACCCUGUUCUCGUCCUUCCUCACGGUCCUGCUGAGUGUGUGUGUCCUCUUCCUGUCUGGAGGUGCCAGCGUCCUCGUGUCUCUGGGAUUCAGUUCCUGGUGCGACACUGUGACUGAUGACAACACGCGGCCAUACAGCUGUGCAGAGUCCCAGUCUGUUCCACUUUACCUGGAUGUGGACACUUCGUCUUUCUACACAGAGCUCAGUCUCGCACAGGCGUCUCUGUGGUUUGUCACGGCUCUGUGGUUGGCUCAGUCCAUCCUGGCCUUCCUGCGGCUCUACCACUCUCACAGCCAGCACAUCAGUGGCCCUUGUCUGCACCGAGAGAAGGAGCUGCUGCUGGGACACAGUCCGUCUGACAGCGGCUCCCCCACACCGCCACAUCCUCCAGCAACACCCACCGUCUUAGUCUAACCAGGAGUACAUGAGGCAGGGAUGUCAGGUGUCACACCUAUAUUGUAAUUUACUCCUCAUUUCGUUCACUACCCUGACUGAUAACACUGACUCUGCAGUUGUCAGUUUUUUUUUUAAUGCUGUUCAUCAUCUUAUAUAAUAGAGCCUGAACAAUUAUGUGUGUUUACUAUCAACCAAUAAGCAGCAAGAAACGGCAGUUCUGAAAUACCAAAGAUAUAUUGGAGGACUAUUUUAGUUUGUCAGAGAAUAUAAAUAAGUUACAGUUCUCUGAUAACCACAUUUCACAAAAAAGGUUUUCUAUUGGCUGGUCUGUUGAAAUCCUAAAUGUCAAUAUGAUCAUUAUCCUCUAAUAUCCAUUAUCAGUCAGGCUAUAUUAUAUAAUGUGGAUGAGCAGAGCCAACAUCUCUCACACUACUUUAUUCUGCCAUCUGUUUUACAGUUAUUCUAUAAAAAACCUAGACGCCCACAUGCUGCUGCUUGAGAGUAUGUCCACAAUCCUCAAAGUGUCUUCUAGCCAUUUUGAUCAAUAUUUAUUUAGCCCUCUGCGCGAUAAAAAAUAAAAUAAAAUUAAUGAGUUUUCCAAGUUUCUGUCCAUACAGUGAGAAAUGAUGCAAUCAUCCGAUCAAUAAGAUUGUCAGUAGACAGUUAGAGCUGGCCAUUACAUUUAAAUAAUGUAUCAAUAAUACAAGAGAUUGGUCCCGUUUAAAAGAUAAUGCACACAGUAUGUUUGUGUGUUGUUUCAUUUGUAACCGAAUGGAAAUGCUGAAAAUACAAAAUACAGUAGAAGCAGAUUUAGGCUAUGUAUCUUUGAAUGAUAUCAGAAUAACGCGUACAAUUACAUAAAUUCAGCCCGAUUUACUUCUUACCGAUUUACUUUGUGUGUCUUAAGAAAAAAGCAACAGUAUUUUGUAUGAAAUUAUCAAAUAAUGUUAAUAUUUUUAUGGACACAUGAAUACUUAUAAUGCCAUGUUAUAAUUAUGGUACAUGGCGCACAAAUUAAUUGAGAGCAUAUGUAGUUUCAAGUUGCAUUAUUUUGUUUUCUUAGAAAAUAGAGUUACAGCUUAAAAACGUGGUUAAACAUAAUUUUUAAUCAUUUCAUUGGUAGAAAAGCAUUUGGAAAGGAAACAGAACACACUUAAUGUUGUUUAUCAAGCUUUUGGGUUUUUUAAAAACUUGUUUAGUUACAGCUGCAGUAUGUGGAAAAGGCAAUUAAAAAAAAAACAAAAAACAGCACAAUGUGAAAAUAUACAGCCCUCCUCCUGCAUCUCUCCCCUCUCUGUUCUAAGCUCAUUCUACCAGACAGGUGCAGGCAUGUUCUCACACUUCAGACACAAAAAAAGUCAAGCAAACAUUCAUUUUCUGCUUCACACGGGACUUGACUCUAAUUGCCCUAAGUCUCCCUUUGUGGGCUACAUUUUCAUAAACCUGAAAAUGGAGUAUAAAAUAGGUGCAGAGUCUAUUGUCCUUUAAGAUCACUUGAAUUACAAUAUGCUGAAAAGUUAUAAUAGAUUUUUUUUUCCAAAUGAUGCCCAAAAAAACCCAAAACAAAAAAUACUGCCUCCUACAGCUUUGAAUCUCAAUGAAGUUAGAAACAUAUUUUACAAGGGAGAUGUGGCAGACUCUGGCAGUGACAUUAACACACAACACUACUAAAACCAGGGGACAGGUUACAAAAGUUCAAAGAAAAACAACAAAAACAACUGUCAGAACUAGGAAAGCUAAAAUGAGCCAAAAAACAGACAUUUAGUCAAAGAACCAUUUACCACAGAGUUUACAGCAGGGUUGAAUUCAGUUUGAGGUACAGAGUUCUUUAAUAUGUCUGUAGCAGCAAACAUGAAGGAUUUCUUUCCCAUAUCUGUUUGUACAGCAGCGCGUACAGGAUGGGUCUUGUGAUUUACAAUUAUGACUGGAAGAUGAGCCGUGUGAAAUCAGUUUGCAAAGAUGUGACAGAAGUUUGUCCAGAAUGGCUUUAUAGAUACACAUAUACCAAUGACUUAAGUGAUGCUUAAAGAGAAAACACAAUGAUGAGUUAAUGUUGUUAAACCUUAAUGCACUGUGAUGAUGAGUCCAGCAUGUGAAGAUAUUUACGUGUUAAAAUGAGUCGUAAGAAGGAGGCAGCCUUUAGGGCUCAUGUCUAAAAUGGAACCCUACCUUCAGUCUAAACUCAACGCUGUCUUCAGCCACAAGAACAAAAGUAGGAGCCCACAUCAGAAUCACUGCAGUAUUCAGUGAUCUUCUACCCACAGUGUUAUUUAGAGGCUAUUUUUGUCAUUUCAACAUGAUUUUGUGAAUCAAGGCUUGAUAGUUCAUUGACGUCACCGAUGACACUGCAAGAACCCAGAUGGUGUUUUUUUAUUCCAGCCUGUUGUGCAUAUACAGUAUUUAACAUGCAUGGUUGUUUACAUUCCUGCUGGAGUUCGACAUUUUGCACAGUUGUGUCCUCAUCAGGGAGAAUACAUGUUUGUUCUGAGUGUAAUAUUCAGAUGGAGCACUGAGAUGCUUUUAUUGUGAAGCAUGUGGUGAGAGUGUGACUGAGCCACCAUGUUCGUGAAACAGGCUCACUGUGUGAGCAUGACCCGAAUGUUCUGUUGUGUAACAGGAAAAAUGGCAGCUGAGCUUCUCUCAUCUUGUGACGGUUUUCAUCAUGAUGCUGUUUGUGUGGAUGCAGCUGCUUGCAGGGCUUCAGCGAAGCAGUCAAAUCUUUGACCAGAGGGUAAACCUUCCAAGUCUGAUAGGUUUCACAUCAAGAGUGAUUUGUGUGGAGCCCAGUGAGGUCAAUGAAGGGGCAAGAAAUUGCAAACUUUGCUGAGUUUUUUAAACAAAUGAUUCAAAGUUGUUACAGUUUCUCCUGUUAUUGUUGACCCGAGCAGCUGUAAUGACACACAGACAGCGGAGCAGAAAAUCUGAAGCAGAGAGACGAGACAGUGCUGUCCUUUGAAACUACUGUAAUAUAUGAAAUGUUUUUGUAUUUGAACUGACUGUGGUCUUGCUUUUUACCUCUUAUACCUGUUUUGUUCUCAUUCAUAUUCAUGUUUUUGCAUUUGUCUUGUUUUCAAAUAAAUCGCUUCCCACUACAAAAGAA